UUGUCUACCCUCAACCCCUGUCUGGAGUCAUCACUCUCCAAUGCUUUGAAAUUCCUUUCCGCCUGGGCAUCCUUCUUUGAUGUUUGCAGACCUUGCUUACGGCUAUUCUCAGGGUGAACCCAAGUGUUCCACAUGAGAAGAUACAUGAACAGGCUUGCAUAAAAAGAUGUUCCUGUCCCUGCCAGAUGCCACCACCUCCGCAAAUCCAGCUAUGCUUUCUAUUGCCAUUCCUUCUUUUCUACCACUGUGGACUUCUUGGGAUCUCCAGAAAGGACGGAGACUCUGUUCUUCAGAUCCCCAUCUCUCUGUACCCACCGCAACCAGCAACGUGUGUGCUGACGAGGUGGCCCAGGUGCCUGCUAUGGCACCCUCUCUGAAGGCCUGGGGUGUGCUUGCUCUCCUGCUGUGCCUGCAGCUCAGCCCAUGUGCACAGAGCUCCUCCAGGCGGGAGUUCUUGGAUCAACAUCACCUAAAUACAGACAAAGGAUUCUUUUUAUACAGCUGCGAUGCCCUCAUGACAGAGAAAGGUCUGAAACCCAAGAGCUUACACAUAUUUGUUUACAUGCCAUGGUACAAAGUUGAGCACACAUGCAUUAGCGGCAAUUGGAAAUAUCGCUACAAAAACUCCUAUGUCUGGACUCAGACUCCCGUUAAGGUACUCUAUUGCUACUGGGAGAAAUUCAAAAAGAAAUAUACAGAGAUAAGAAACUACAACUAUGUUCAGUUCCAUUGUAACGCAGAUGGGUAUAUCGAUAGCAUAGAGGACAUGAUGUUGAUGGAGCCCAUCUUAGCCUAGAAAGUCUCCCGGCUCUCUGGGAGAGCUGUUCGCAUUCCCCAGUCAGCCCCUGCUUACAGUACCUGCUGCUGCUCCACUUGACUGAAUGUCAGUGUCUCCCCACCACGCUGAUUCUCGUUUUACGAUCAUGCUAUACUGCUCUCUGCCCACAACACCGUUCCUCCCUUGUCUACCUACUUCCAUUCACAUUGCUCUGACUCGGCUCGCAUGGCUUCUGUCGCUGGGACAAAGAGAAAUCAUUCAGGAGGAACUAUUUACCUCCAAGUCUCAGGGCUUUCGGUGUGCAGUCUGCUGUUCUGUUGUCCUUGGGGAAGAGUGAGGCAGAGCAUCAUGGUGGGAAAAUGUGGAGGAGCCCGGGAAGUAGAAAGAGAAGGAGGGGGAGGGUAUGGGGACAAGAGGUGACAGUUGUCACUGCAGUGGCCUACCUCCUCCAGCUGGACCCUCAGACCUACUCAGCUAUGAAUUCAUCAAUGGAUGGGUCCACCGCCAAAGUAAGUUACAACCUUCAUGACCCAGCAAAGAAGCCGUCAGCACAGGAGCCUGUGGUCGGACACGGGACAGCCAAGUCAAAUACAUCUUCUUUGGACUCAUGCAGGUUUUUCUUUCUUCUGAUGCUAUCAUCUGUAUGCCUAUCCAAACUGAAUGACCCUCCACAAAUAAAUCAUUAUUCCACUGUGUGUCAUAGAUACAUACAGUAUGCAUGCAGAGUUUGUAUUGUGUGUUAGCAUGGGCAGUGUAGUAGUGACCUGUUAUC